GCCAGUUUUCGCGCCAUUCGAGUAUCUCGGCAUUGUGGGAUAGCAUCAGGAGGUCAGCGGCGCCCCGGGUAAACUCCGUGUUUAACCCGAACACAUUUUUUUGGGACAUUUAACGGAUUUUAACAGAUUCCAGCUAUGCGUGGGGAUGAAACGGAUACAGAGUCCGUCAGAUCAGCCGAUGGCUCGAUCCGGAGUAAUUUCGAGGCGCUUUGUCAGGAGCUCAAUAUGGACGAAGAGACGGCAGCUGAAGCGCUUCAGAACUUCAGAUCCAUCUGGAACACUUACACGCUGGAGGGUGAUGUCAUGCACUGGCUGGCCUGCUCUCUGUACGCUGCCUGUAGGAAGAGCUCCAUCCCUACAGUGGGACGGGGUGUGAUGGAGGGCAACUGUGUUUCCCUUACAAGGAUCUUGCGCUCUGCAAAACUCAGUUUGAUCCAGUUCUUCAGCAAGAUGAAGAAAUGGUCAGACAUGGCGAAUCUCUGUCAGGACUUUCGCAGCCGCAUAGGUCGACUAGAGCGCAAUUUUGAAGUGUCGACAGUGAUUUUUCGCAAAUUUGAGCCGAUAUUUCUGGACAUGUUUCAGAAUCCUCAGAGUGAACCUCCUCGCAUGCCUAGAAGUCGCAAACACCGACGUCUUCCAUGCCACAUCAGUGAUGUCUUCAAGUUCUGUUGGACCCUCUUUGUUUAUACAAAAGGUAAUUUCCACAUGAUCGGAGAUGAUUUGGUCAACUCCUAUCACCUCCUCCUCUGCUGUCUGGACCUGGUGUUUUGCAACGCUCUCAUGUGCUCCAACAGGAAAGAUCUCAUCAAUCAGAAUUUCAGAGGCCUGCCGAAAGACACAGAAAACCUGAAAGAGAUGCCCUGUGUCAUUGACAAGUUGUGUGAACUGCAUGAUGGGUUGGUGGUGGAGGCCAAAGGCAUAAAGGAGCACUACUUCAAGCCCUACAUAAAGACCCUGUUUGAGAAAAGAAUGUUAAAAGGUGAUGUUGAAACUCUGACUGAAUUACUGGACACUCCAAAUUUCCAAGAUAACAAUAAAGCCAUAAAUCGUGAUUAUGAGGAGUUUGUUUUGACUGUGGGGGAUUUUGAUGAGCGAGUGUUUUUGGGGGCUGAUGCAGACGAGGAGAUCGGCACACCGCGCAAAUCCACCGCUGAACCUCCUUCAGGUCAUCUCUCUGCCCGCAUGCAGGUGGAGAACAACCUUCAGCAGCACUUUGAGAAGACGCGUUCCCUUGCUCCCUCUACUCCUCUAACGGGUCGACGGUAUUUAAAGGAGAAGGAAGUGCUGGUCACGCCUGUUUCUUCAGCCACCCAAAGUGUGAGUCGACUGCAAAGCAUGGUGUCUGGUCUCCGAAACGCACCGAGCGACGCUCUGCUUCAGAUAUUUAUUUCCUGUUCUCGAAACCCCACUGAAUCCAUUCUGAAUCGGGUGAAAACCUUGGGGGAAAAGUUCAAACAGGCCUACACUAAUCCCACAGAUGACCUGCCGGGAGCACAUAUGGACUUUGCAGAGAAACGUCUGAAGCUGGCCGAGAUCUUGUACUUUAAGAUCCUGGAGAAUGUAAUGACUCAAGAGAUGAAGAGAUUACAAGGCAAAGACUGGGCAGUCCUGUUGGAGCAGGAGGUGCUCCAUUGCUCUCUUUUGGCCUGCUGUCUGGAGGUGGUGCUGUUCUCAUACAGCUCGCAAAGAACUUUCCCCUGGAUACUGGAAAUCUUUCAGAUCCCACCUUUCUACUUUUACAAGGUGAUUGAGGUGUUCAUCCGCUCAGAGGAGGGUUUAUCCAGAGACAUGGUGAAGCAUUUGAACAGUAUAGAGGAACAGGUGCUGGAAAGCAGAGCGUGGACAAGAGAUUCAGCCCUGUGGAAUGCUCUUAACAAGGAUAACAAUAAAGUUCCUACUGUAGAAGAGGUGAAUUUUCCUAGCAAUUUUGAUACAGGCAACAAUGCAGGUGGUCCCACUCACCUCCCAUUGGUGGCGCUGUCCCCCAUCAUUCACCCUCGCCUCAGGGAGGUCCGCACUGGCCUGGGCUCCAGCGCACGCAAAGACGUCCCUCAAUCCCCCAUCUCUCUCCAUGAUCGCUACAGCUCUCCAGCUGCUGGCAGCGCAAAGAGACGCUUGUUUGGUGACGAUGCUCCACCACAAUCCCCAGUAAAAAGGAUCUCUGUCACUCCCAUCAAAAUCAUUCCCAGUGGCUUGGAAAACCAGACCACCACAACCACUGUCCUCUCCAUGGCCACCGGAAAUGGCCAGCAGCUCACCAUUCCACUGCCAGUGGUGAAGAAUGAGGCAGGCGGCAUCACAGUCAUCCAGCUUCAGGCCAGCGAUAUGAAUCCUCUCACUGCUCAAGUUUUAUUGACCGCUUCCCCGAGCCGGCCUGCUCUAGCCGCUCCAGCUAUCAGCUCUGACUCACAGCCACCACCUGCCAAUAAACCUCGCCGCACGGGCUCACUCGCACUCUUCUUCAGGAAGGUGUAUCAUUUAGCCAGUGUGCGUCUGCGAGACCUGUGUCUGAAGCUGGAUAUCUCCUCAGAGCUAAGAGGGAAGAUCUGGACGUGUUUUGAGCACUCUCUCCUGCACUGCACUGACCUGAUGAAGGACAGACACCUGGACCAGCUGCUGCUUUGUGCUGUUUACAUCAUAUCAAGGAUCACGAAAGAAGAGCACACUUUUCAGGACAUUAUGAAAUGCUACCGAACACAACCACAGGCCAACAGUCAUGUGUACCGCAGUGUUUUAAUAAAGAGGCGUCCCAAAGUGCAGCAGGCUGACGAGAACAUGGAAGUCGAUCCUCCAGCAGACCAGUCCAAUGAGAGGAGCGAUCAGGCUGACAGAACACAGACUGUCUUCGAAUCAGAGGAAAGAGGGGAUCUCAUCCAGUUCUACAACAACAUUUAUGUGUCAAAGAUGAGAUCAUUCGCUUUCAAAUAUGCACUUUCCACGCUUGAUAACAGGAUGGAAGCUCCUCCGUUAUCUCCGUUCCCCUCCGUUCGGUCUCACACUCUCUCUCCUCGCCGUGUGUCUCAGAAACACUCCAUCUUUGUGUCUCCUCAUAAAAACAGCUCCAGUCUCACGCCCAGCACUGCAUACACAUACAGGUUCACUGGAAGCCCUUCAAAGGAGCUGAGUGACAUAAACCAGAUGAUCCGUCAGGGUGGCGUGAGCAAGAAGCGGGCGUUCACCAUGGAGGGCGACGAGACCGAAUCUCCGUCUAAAUGUCUCCGGCAAGAGAACGACGACGUGCUGCUCAAACGCCUCCAGGACGUGGUCAGCGAGAGAGCCAGUCUGUGAUCUGCUUUCAUUGCAGACUCAAUUAAAAAAAAAAAAAAGCCAAAAACUGAACUUUGUUUGAGUUGCUCAGCGACUCCAGGAUGUAGAGAGAGAGAUGUGACAAUUAUUAAUUAUGUCGCAGAUUAAUAACACAACCAAAAAUAACAAAAACAGCUCGUGCAGCUCGAGUAUCAUGACUGAGGUUUUUAAUCACAGAAGAAGUUCAGGGAGAUCAGUAUGAAGGUAAAGACUUUAUUCUGAAUCAAACAAUCUUUUAUCGUGCAUUUUUCACAAUAUGCAUCAUGCUUUUGUAAAGAGCGCCUAUUACAGAGAUGUUCUGUAGCUUUUCCAAUCAAAACUGAACAUUUUUUGCAGUCAAGGAGUUGCUCUGCUUCAAAUAUUUAAAGGAUUCUCACUAUUUUUUUAUUUUUUUUAUUAUUCUCUCAUUCUGUAUCAACACAAAAGGAGAAUAAUUUAAAGGUUUGUAAUUGUAAUUUGUGCUUUUUUUAUUCAAGGUUUAUUUGGCAUAUUGUACUGAACAAGCAAGUUUAAUCAAUUUUUAAUGCUUUUCUGCUAAUCAAAUGAUCAUCUUUUUGCAAGCAUCCUGCAAAUCUAUAGCACAGCUCUGUAUUCAGAUGUGUGGUAUCUACACCUUUCAAUUGUCAUUUAUUUCUCUUUUUAAGUUCUUGUAUUUUACUGUAACAGAGCAGUUUUCUGUUUUUGAGAGAUUUCUAAAAAAAAAACAGGUCAUGUUUACAGUGCAUUUCACUGUUUUGGUAUUAAAUGUGGUGGAUUUCACCAUCAUGGUG